AUUCCGGUCCAUUAAAGGACCCCAACAGCUACGCCGCUGCCGCUGUCACUAUGGCCCAUUACAAAGCCGCCAACUCGAAGCACGAGCAGUUCCGGAGGUACUUGGAGAAGUCGGGGGUGCUGGACACGCUGACCAAGGUAUUGGUAGCCUUAUAUGAAGAACCAGAGAAACCUAAUAGUGCUUUGGAUUUUUUAAAGCAUCACUUAGGAGCUGCUAUCCCAGAAAAUCCAGAACUAGAGCUGCUUCGCCUAGAAUUGGCAGAAAUGAAAGAGAAAUAUGAAGCUAUUGUAGAAGAAAAUAAAAAACUGAAAACAAAGCUUGCUCAGUAUGAACCACCUCAGGAGGAGAAACGUGCUGAAUAGGAUUCAUCUCAAUUGAAAAGACACUGAAAAAAAUGGUUUUGUAUGACUCGAAUAGUUUGUACAGUAUAUAAUCUUUUCUGAACAGAUGCUAUAGCACUCUUUUAAAUAUGUUAAAUUCACCUAUCACACGUUAACUGUUAUAAACACAUAUACUUAGAAUCACCAAUAAAAACUCAGUAUAACUUU